AUGGAACUGACAAAAGAGGUCUGUGAAAGGCUCUACAGAGGGUGGUUGUGGCUGGCGGCCAUUAGUGGCAACGUUGCGCAUAUCUUCGAUCCCUUCUCUUUCGAACCAAUAGCAUACGGAUGUCGAAUGGCUGCCACCCAGUUUGUCUCCCGAUGGGUCUUCAUGAUCGUUUUUAUCUCGGAGUUUCUCGCUGCCACUAUGGUGAAAGCAGUUCAACAUCUUCGUCAAUCCAACUCGUCCUGGGUAUCCGAGCUGUACAAAAACGGGAUUAUGUUUAGUGUUUCCAUCCUCCCCUCCGCCCUAUAUCGCGAUUUUGGCUCCUCGACAAUGGAGUCGGUGCUGUGCAAUAGGGUCAUGUUUAUUAUCCUCAAGCAACGCCGUUUAAACGCGGGACACGAAGAGUUUUGGUUAUCGGAAGAACCGAGAGCACCUUCGGACAACCUUUCCAGCGAGGGGAUCUUCACCAGUGUGUACGAGAGCACCGGACAGCAGAAGUCCGACGAAGUCGAAUUAGGGGUUCUGUCAGGGAGCAGGUCUAUACAGCAACCGAGUUAG